AUGGCGGCGGUGGAGCGCUGUCCCGGGUGCGAAGGCCGGCGCGAGCGGCAUUGCGUGGGGGCGCUCCCCACUCCCCUGUACCCUCCAAGCGGCGGAGCCGAGGAUGACCGGCGGCGCGCGAGGUCGGCGGCGGAGGGGCGCGGCGGCGAGCAGCAGGCGUCGGCGGGACUCCUGCGGGAGGACCAGGCCUCGCGCCGCGCGGAGGCCGUGCGGCGCCACAGUGGCUGCGGGCUCGUGGGGCCCGCAGCAGCGGCCGGCGCAUGCAUCAACGACCUCCGCGACCGCCUCGACAGGGCCUGCGGCGGCCGCGUUGUCUCCUGCGCCGACAUCCUCACCCUCGCCGCGCGCGACUCCGUGGCCCUGGCCAGCGGCCCGGCCUACGAGGUGCCCCUCGGCCGGCGCGAAGGCCUGGCGCCCGCGUCGCAGGACGCCGUCUUCGCCGCGCUCCCGCCGCCGAGCUCCAACGUCACCACGCUCCUGAGCUUCCUGUCCAGGAUCGACCUGGACGCCACCGACCUCGUCGCGCUCUCCGGCGGCCACACCGUCGGCGUCGCCCACUGCGGGUCCUUCGAGGACCACCUGUUCCCGACGCAGGACCCCACCCUGAACCAGUGGUUCGCCGGGCGGCUGAGGCUCACCUGCCCCGCCAAGGGCGCCGACGGCACGACGGCCAACGACAUCCGGACGCCCAACACGUUCGACAAGUACUACGUGGACCUGCUCGACCGGGAGGGGCUCUUCACCUCCGACCAGGACCUCUUCACCGACGGCAGGACCAAGCCGCUAGUCACCAAGUUCUCCGUCGACCAGGACACACUAGCAUUUUUUAGUAGUGACGCCUUCUUCCAGCAGUUCGUCUACUCGUACGUCAAGAUGGGGCAGAUCAAUGUGCUGACGGGGGCGACGCAGGGCCAGAUCCGCGCCAACUGCUCGGCGCGCAACAACAAUGAGCAGCAGCUGCCGCCCUGGUCCGUCGUGGAAACCGUCGUCGACGCCGCCGAGAGCAUCGUGCUCUAG